AUUCAUUAUAUUAUCAUCUGGGAUUCUGUAAAAAAAAUUAAAAGAAUAUGGCUUUCCUUUAUGCUAUGUUCAUUGGACUCACCACCGGAAUCGGAUUGAUUGUUGCUUUUGCUCGAUAUGAGAAAGUCCGAUCCUCUCGUCGUGCUCAUAUGGCAAAGACGGUUGCUUCAUUUGCAAGGAUGACAGUGCAAGAUACACGAAAAAUCCUUCCACAAGAGUUUUAUCCACCUUGGGUAGUCUUUUCUCAGCGCCAGAAGUUGAUGUGGCUCAAUGUGCAGCUCAAAAAGAUUUGGCCAUAUUUUAACGAGGCAGCAUCAGAGCUAAUAAGAGCUAGUGUUGAGCCAACUCUUGAACAAUACACACCGGCUGUCAUAUCAUCUAUGAAAUUUGGAAAGUUGACUCUUGGUACCAUUGCUCCACAAUUUACAGGUGUUUCGAUUGUUGAGAGUGAAAGCGAUGAAGGGGGAAUCACCAUGGAAUUGGAGAUUAAGUGGGAUGGUAACCCAAAUAUUGUGCUUAAUAUCAACACUAGACUUGGUGUUUCCCUGCCUGUGCAGGUAAAAAAUUUCGGAUUCACUGGGGUCUUUAGGUUAAUCUUCAAGCCACUUGUUGAUCAGUUUCCUUGUUUUGGAGCUAUUUCAUAUUCCUUGAAAGAAAAGAAAGAUCUUGAUUUUAUACUUAAAGUUGUUGGAGGUGAUUUAUCAACAAUACCAGGGAUUUCCGAUGCUAUCGAGGACACGAUUCGAAAUGCUAUUGAAGAUUCUAUAACGUGGCCUGUUAGGAAAAUUAUACCCGUUUUACCUGGAGAUUACAGUGAUCUGGAGCUGAGACCUGUUGGAGUAUUAGAUGUGAAGCUUGUGCAAGCUAAGGACCUAGCAAAUAAGGACAUGAUUGGGAAAUCCGAUCCUUUCGCCGAGUUAUUUGUGCGUCCACUUCGGCAUAAAAUGAAAACCAGUAAAACCAUUAAUAAUACAUUGAAUCCGAUUUGGAAUGAGCACUUCGAGUUCAUUGUAGAAGAUGCAUCAACUCAACACCUGACUGUAAGAGUCUUCGACGAUGAAGGGCUUCAGGCCCCCGAACUGGUUGGAUGUGCUCACGUAGCAUUGAAGGACCUUGAGCCUGGUAAAGUGAAGGAUAUCCGGUUGAAACUGGUCAAGGAUUUGGUGGUUCAAAGAGAUACUAAAAACAGGGGCCUGGUGCAGCUUGAGCUACUUUAUUGUCCUUUUGGCACAGAAAGCAGCUUUAAGAACCCAUUUAACCCUGAUUUCUCAUUGACAUCAUUGGAGAAGGCCCUGAAAACUGCAACAGCUGAAACAGAGGCCGUUGACCUUGACAAGAUCAUGAAUCAAAGGAAAAGUGAUGUCAUUGUCAGAGGAGUACUAUCAGUAACAGUUAUAGCAGCUGAAGAUUUGCCGGCAGUCGAUAUUUUGGGGAAGGCGGACCCUUUUGUCAUCAUCACAUUGAAGAAAUCUGAAGCAAAAGCCACGACAAGGGUUGCUAAUGAGACCUUGAAUCCAGUAUGGGACCAUACAUUCGACUUUGUUGUCGAGGAUGCAUUACAUGAAAUGAUAAUUUUGGAAGUCUGGGACUAUGACACUUUAAAGAAGGAAAAAAUUGGAAGAUGUAUUAUGACACUCACUAGGGUCCUUUUAGAAGGGGAAGUUCAAGACACAUUUGAAUUAGAUGGUGCUAAAUCAGGAAGGCUUUUGCUCCAUCUAAAAUGGACCCCUCAGUUAGUAUUCCGCGAUGCUUGAUCGUACUGAGAGAGGAUGAGAGACAAGGAAACAAUUUGCAAACACCUAUGAGGAGAGGACCUGAAUAAAUGCUCUGCUAAUCUGCAAGCUAAAGUUGUAUACCUUGUCAAUACCAAUAAUACCAGAGGCACCUUUUUUUAGAAGACAAUGUAAUUGAAACAUUUGAGGAAUAGAUCAAAAAGACAAUCACUUCAUAGCUACAUUAUGUUAUUGUAAAAGAUAUCAUAAUAUUCCUUUCUUUUAAGGGUGUGUUUGACCAUUAAUUUAUUUAGAUUUCAAUAUAUCUAUGUGGGAUUUUCAAUGUGAACAUCAUGAG